GCAGCUGGAAAGUCUGUUCUCGUGAGCUGUGUCGUCGUUUUAUCCGAUCUAUGCUCUCUGCGUUCACUUUGGUGCCAGGCAAAUUGUCUACCAGGACACUGAGCCAGUUCGGGAACUCAGGAAAUCUCACAGAAACCCAUUGACCUGGAAAAAGUGUGCCAAGCUAGGGAAACAGCACUCCCUUUUGAAAGAGGAAUAACAAAGGCAUGGCUUCCGUCUGGUCUUGUAGCAAGGCGCGAACUUAUAUAGCGUCUCUAAAUUCCCUCAACUUGUAAGUUCUGCUGUGUCAUCCUAUGGAUAAUUUUGACCAAGCAAGGCUCUCUAUUUCAGGCUCUUCUGGACAUAUCCCUAGACUUUGGAGAUGCAGCAAGAAAGCUGAUUCUCACUCUCUUCUGCUGCUGAAUAGAGAGCCUGAAAACGAACACGGAGAUGAGGGUGAAAAAGGAGAUCCAGGAGAGGAGGGAAAGCAUGGCAAAGUGGGACGCAUGGGGCCGAAAGGAAUUAAAGGAGAACUGGGUGAUGUAGGAGACCAAGGCAAUAUUGGCAAGACCGGGCCCAUUGGCAAGAAGGGUGACAAAGGGGAAAAGGGUUUGCCUGGGAUACCUGGAGGAAAAGGCAAAGCAGGGACUGUCUGUGAUUGCGGAAGAUACCGAAAAGUUGUUGGACAACUGGAUAUCAGUGUGGCUCGCCUCAAGACAUCGAUGAAGUUUGUCAAGAAUGUCAUAGCAGGGAUUAGGGAAACCGAAGAGAAAUUCUACUACAUCGUUCAGGAGGAGAAGAACUACAGGGAAUCCCUGUCCCACUGCCGGAUCCGGGGUGGAAUGCUAGCCAUGCCAAAGGAUGAAGCUGCCAACAUGCUCCUGGCAGACUACGUCUCCAAGAGUGGCUUCUUCCGGGUGUUCAUCGGGGUGAAUGACCUUGAGAGAGAGGGCCAGUAUGUGUUCACCGACAACACUCCACUGCAGAACUACAGCAACUGGAAGGAGGGUGAGCCCAGCGACCCCUACGGCCACGAGGACUGUGUGGAAAUGCUGAGUUCAGGCAGGUGGAAUGACACAGAGUGCCAUCUUACCAUGUACUUUGUCUGUGAGUUUGUCAAGAAGAAAAAGUAACUUCCCUCUUGCUGCACAUUUGUCAUUUCCCUGUGACUACCAUGGCAGUUAUUUUUAUCCAUCUUUCCUGUCUAAUUACACUAAAUUCAUUCUGACUCAAGGCAAGUGAGAAAUGCUAGACUGAGGUUUGGAAUCUCCAUC